AGUGGAAUCGCCCUCUCCAGGCUCUCCUUGCCUCUUCCCACCCCCGGUGGCUGGGAAGAAGAUCCACCCUUCUUUCCUCGGUGGAUCCUGCCUGCCAGCCAGCCAGCCAGCCAGCCGGUGGGGGUGGGCGGCCUUCCCCUUCCGCCAUCCUCUGGGCCGCAUGACUGACAGAGGCGGCGGGAGGAGCCCCCCCCCCCCGGCUCUCCUUUCCUGCGCAACUUUAAGAGCGCGCCUGUCCCCGGCGCGCGUCUUCCUGGCGCACCGCUCGGCAGGGCCACGGCCUGGGAGGCGGCAGCAGGUACAGAAGCGGGCGGGGCGGGGUGUGGGGAGGCCGGGGGGCCCCCUCCGGCUUGGGACACCCCCCGAACCCCACCUAUGUCCGAGAAACCCGGCGGCAGCCCGCCAAGCCAUAUGUGGCCAAAACAUCCCGCGGUCACCACCGGGGACCGGCCGGGCGCAGCAGCAGAGCGCCUAUAAAUAGCCGCCGCGUCGUCCUCCCUCCCUGCCGCUGUUGCGUGGAGGGAGGGAGGAGGCGACGCCCCCCCCACGCGUCGAAUUCGGGAGCCCCUUGGCUCGUGCGAAAGCAGUGGGGCCCCUGACGCGUGUGUGGCCAUGGCAAGACCAGGCUAGGCUAGGUUUGGCUGGAGAGUGGCAGGGCGAGACGCGCACCCGGAGGGAGCCUGCCUGAAAGUGGGACCCUGGAAUGACAAUACCCUCCAACAUUUCUCCGGUAAAAAUAGGAACGUCCUAUUCUAUUAUUAUUAUUAUUAAUUUUAUUUAUGUCUGCCCAUCUGGCAGGGUUUCCCCAGCCACUCUGGACAGCUUACAGCACAUAUAAAAACUUACUAAAACGUCAAACAUUAUUAUUAUUAUUAUUACUAAUUAUUGCCUGCCCAUCUUACUAGGUUGCCCCAGCAAUCUCCUUGGUCCGGGGGUCCCGUAACUCCAUACCCUCUGACAUUCUGGGACCAAAUCAGAUUCUGUAAAUCCAGGGCUGUCCCUGGCAAAUAGGGACACUUGGAGGGUCUGGAAUGGUCUCCUUUCAGACAUUUUAUCCAAACUCCUCCUGGACCUCUUAAGCAAGCAGCCUGGCACCAAAGAGCUAGGCAGGUGACUCUCUUUCCCCCUCCCCAAUUCCUCUUCUGACAGGGAGAUAAGUGGGGCGGAUGGCCGGUGGACCUUGCCACCUUAAAAGCUUUGGGCAUUGCAAGAGACGAGCAAGCAGGGCCAGGAGGAAAGUUGUUGGCAAUCCUUUUGGUGCCUCUGCCCAACUCAGUGCAAAGUUUCUCUGUGUGUGUGUGUAGAAGGGACACUUCUAAAUAAAUAUCAGCGUCCUGACAAUAAGCUGGCCAAUAAUAGUCUGUUAAUGUACAGUAGCAACGUGCUUGAGAACUUGGGAGAGGGGACUCUGUAACUGCUGGGCAUCCCAAAAUGAGCAACGGACCAUCCUGAAUUGUACGUUUCCAGCAACUUGUCUUGAAGCGUGUUUCAGGCUUUUAAAUUGUGUUUAUGCGCAGCAGGCUAGUUGUGCCCAGAAGCCAUGUGGCUUUGUGAUGCAUGUGAGGUAAACAUCUUGGGCCCAUGCAGCUACAUUGGUACUGUUAAAUGUGUUGCUUUGACCACCUCUGGGUGCAGCAGCGAAUCCUGGGGUUUGGAAAGUCUGCUGUUUGAUGGACUUUCAUCCUAUUUUUCCUGACCCAGGAAGAGAAGACCCUCCUGCUCUUUAUGCCAGAAUCAGAGACAGUUUCUCUGCCUUUUUUUUUAAAUUUAUGCAAUCCCAAUAACCUAAGACAGUGAGUCAUGAAGUGGGUGGGUUGCCAUGCUGUGAGAGGGAAUGUUACGCAGUGAAAUGGUUGGCAGGCCAGCGUUGCCAGUUUUCUCAGAUGUGCUCCUGUUCGUUGACAGGAACAACCAGAGCUGCCAGCUGACCAGAAGAAAACAGCCCAAUUUGUUACUUUUGCAAUAGGUAAAGGUAAAGGGACCCCUGACCAUUAGGUCCAGUCGUGGCCGACUCUGGGGUUGCAGCGCUCAUCUUGCUUUAUUGGCUGAGGGAGCCGGCGUACAGCUUCCGGUUCAUGUGGCCAGCAUGACUAAGCCGCUUCUGGCGAACCAGAGCAGCGCACAGAAACGCCUUUUACCUUCCCACUGGAGCGGUACCUAUUUAUCUACUUGCACUUUGACGUGCUUUCGAACUCCUAGGUUGGCAGGAGCAGGGACCGAACAACCGGAGCUCACCCCGUCACGGGGAUUCGAACCGCCGAUCUUCUGAUCGGCAAGUCCUAGGCUCUGUGGUUUAACCCACAGUGCCACCCACGUCCCUUCUUUUGCAAUAGUGUUCCUUUAAAAAGGAAAACAGCAAAGGCAUAAGCAUUCUCGCCAGUUAUCGUCUCCCAGCUGACCAAAAUAAAACAGCCUCGCUUACUCCUAUUCCUUUAUAUUAUACCAGUUUCUGAAUGCCACAGGAGGGGAGAAAGCUCCUGUGCUCAGAUCCUCCUUGUGGGUUUUCCAUAGGCAUCUGGUUGACCACAGGAUACUGGACUAGAUGAGCCAUCGUUCGUUUUUAGCAUUUGCUUCAUUUGCAGACAUCAGCAAACUUUUGUUUUAGGGCAUGAGCGUAAACAUUCUCACCUGCUAAUGGCUGCAAAUCAUGUUGCUGUUAAAUGCAUAGAAGCAGGACCUGGUAGAAUGGUUGACAACCUUAGCAGCAAUCUAGUGCACAGGAAUUAUAACCAGGUGGAGUUUUUGCCUAGUGUGUAGACAAGCAGCAGGAAAAUACUGUAUUUUUCGCUUUGUAAGACGCACAAGACCAUAAGACACACCUAGUUUUUGGAGGAGGAAAACAAGAAAAAAAAUAUUCUGAAUCUCAAAAGCCAGAACAACAAGAGGGAUCGCUGCGCAGCGAAAGCAGUGAUCCCUCCAUUCGCUCCAUAUGACACACACACAUUUCCCCUUACUUUUUAGGAGGGAAAAAGUGAGUCUUAUAGAGCAAAAAAUACGGUACUUCUUUGCUGAUUGGGUGUGUGUCAAACUGCUGUUAAUAGCACCAGGACUGAUAAAAAUAGGGCAAGCAGCAAACUCUCUAGGAAGCACUUUGAGCCUUAAAUAAAGACAAGGAUCGGGGGGUGGGGGUGGCCUUGAGAUGAUGGAACCUUUCUUUACCUUCUCACUAGAAGGAUGCUCACUGAGUGAGCAUCUGAGGCUAGUGGUGCAGGUGAUCAGAUGUCAAGCAGAUAACAGAACCUCUCUUUUAAUCUGCUGUAAAUAAGAGAUAUUCCAGGAGGUGCAACUAUAUUGUGUAGGACAGGGUGGAUAAAAAUAGAUGAUUUUUAAAAAAUUAAAAUUGGAUUUUUAAAAUUUAAAUCAGAUUUCUUUUUUAUUUAAAUCAGAUUUUUAAAAUAAAAUGCUUUUGGAGGAAAAAUCUUUCUAAAGAUAGUUUUCUAUUUAAGUUACAUUACAGUCCAAAGGCUAUUCAUCAGGAAAUCAGGAUUUGUUUAAAGUUUUCCAUGUGUGCUAAAACUCAGUCUAAGUUUGUUUGUUUUUUAAUUGUUUAACCACAUCAGUUAACAAACAUGGAUACAUAUACCAUAAUGUUAUUGUUUUAGUUAAAUAAAUUGUUAUUAAGGAAAUGGUUAUUUUUCUCCUUCCAAUAAAGUACAGCAGAAAAGUUGUCCAAAUAUAAACAGUUAACUUAUUAAACCUCACAAUAAUUUCAUAAUCAUCAGACUAUGUAUUUCUAAUACUAGAAUCAAAUCAGUAAUUUUUGAUAUAAAUGUAAAAACUACUCUGAAAAUAUAUUAUUCCAAAAAUGAAACCUUCAUCUGGUUGUAAAUAUUAAGACACCAGGAAGGAUGAGACUUCCGGGGGAGCGUGUGUGGAAAUGAUUUGAAUCAAGUCUUGCUGACUAGUGAUUUAAAUUGAUUUGAUUUAAAUCAAAUCCACCUUGUGUAGGGAGAAAAAAAGGUGCACCUGCCAGAGCUUCCUCUUCUACACAAAUGUUUAAAGGGACAUGUUCCUUUCCACCUAAACUCCAGAUUGUAGUAAUAAUGAGAGUGGGGAGAAAUCCCCAUUGUGACUGCAGCUACAUGCCACCAUUAUGACAUUUGCAGACGGUUUUAUAUAUAAAAGAUGUGAUGUUGUGGCUGUAAGGCUGGGGUGCAAACCAGAGAGGUCUCUGCGUUCCUCUCUCCUCUUUCAAAAACUCGAUUGGUGGCCUUAAUCAAACCACCCCAUCUUGCUUUGAAUAGGAACAGUAAUACUGGGCUAUCUUGUUUAGUUAAAGAAGUUAAAGAAAGGAGUUUCCAACUAAACACCAGGAAGAACUUUCUGACUGUGAGAGCUGAUCGACAGUGGAAUGGACUCCCUCAGAAGGUGGUGGACUCGCCUUCCUUGGAAGUUUUUAAGUAGGGAUCGGAUGGCCAUCUGUCAUGUAUGAUCUAAUUGAGAUUCCUGUACAGUGAUGCCUUAGUUCUCAAACUUAAUCUGUUCCGGAAGUCUGUUCCAAAACCAAAGCGUUCCAAAACCAAGGCAUGCUUUCCCAUAGAAAGUAAUGCAAAACGAAUUAAUCCAUUCCAGACUUUUAAAAACAACCCCUAAAACAGCAAUUUAACAUGAAUUUUACUACUUAACGAGACCAUUGAUCCAUAAAAUGAAAGCAAUAAUCAAUGUACUGUACUAUGAAAUAAAUAAGACGGUAUUGUACUUGAUAAAAAUUAAAAUUACUAUUAUUUUUCUUACCUGCACUGAUGUUUGUCAUUGUUUGGAUGGGGUUUUUUUUAUCCAUUUCCGCAAUCACACAAUCAAUCAGUAGCUGAACUGGGUUCCACACAGUCCCAAAAACAAAUGAACCGGAAAAGCCUCAAAAAAAAACAAAAAAAAAAAACAGCAAAAUAAAUAGCGAAAAUAAAAGCACCAAGCUUAAUCCGUUCUGGAAGUCCGUUUGACUUCCAAAAUGUUCAAAAACCAAGGCGCAGCUUCUUGCAGGGUGCAGGCUCCCCGGAAACAAUAGCCGACAACUGCAUUGACGUUUGGCUUCCAAAAAUCGUUCGAAAACUGAAGCACUUCCGGGUUUUCGGAGGUUGAGAACCAAAGCGUUUGAGAACCAAGGUACCGCUGUAUUGCAGGGGGUUGGACUAGAUGACCCUGAGGGUGCCUUCCAACCCUACAAUUCUAUGCUUGAGUUCAUGCUUGUUUAGGCUUGGAUUAGUUGUGGGAGUUGUUUGUAGCAGGCUGCUCCACAGGCACCUUCUGCCGGGCUUAUGCUAUCCGCUUGGCGGCAGACAGCGGACUGGAUAGGAUAAACUGAUCUGAAAGGGAGGGACUAGUGCAGACAUAGGGGAAGCGUGUUCUCCGUCAUGGAGAGCACGUGUUGCGGUGGGGGCAAACAAGACAUCCCUCUGUUGCUGGGCGGGUUAGUUUGGAUGGCCACAAAUCUUAUUGGGCACCUCUUGGUCGUUGGGGAGAAUUUGAUGUUGCAAUUUAUGAUUGAUGGCCAAGGGGCUAUUUAUUCCCUGCGCGCAGCGUUGAGCUGCGCCUUUUCUCGCUGCACGCAUCGGAUCACCCGUCCACCCUCCCUAUAUCUAGGAGUGUUUGCGUUGACCUUGCUAUGCCUGUCAUGGGGUCGUCUGUUUUGGGGCAGGGGCCUGGUAGGAAUUUUUCCAUUUGGCUGAUUGGCCAGUGCCAUUUUGGUUUUUGCCUACUGCGUUGCAAAAUCGUCACAACUUGUAAGGUUGUGGUUAGGUAAAGGUCAAGGGACCCCUGACCAUUAGGUCCAGUCGUGACCGACUCUGGGGUUGCUCGCUCAUCUCGCUCUAUAGGCCGAGGGAGCCGGCGUUUGUCCGCAGACAGCUUCCGGGUCAUGUGGCCAGCAUGACAAAGCCGCUUUUGGCGAACCAGAGCAGCGCACGGAAACACCGUUUACCUUCCUGCCGGAGCGGUACCUAUUUAUCUACUUGCACUUUGAAGUGCUUUUGAACUGCUAGGUUGGCAGGAGCAGGGACCGAACAACAGGAGCUCACCACAUCGCGGGGAUUCGAACCACCGACCUUCUGAUCAGCAAGCCCUAGGCUCUGUGGUUUAACCCACAGCGCCACCUGCAUCCCAGGUUGCGGUUAGGCAAUUGGGCUGGAUCCGGCCCCUGGGCCUUAGCUUGCCUACCCAUGACUUAAUUGAAUACCACCAAUUGAGUUUAGAUGGCGUUUUCAUGUGCCUCCUCUGCAAGAGGUCUAGAGAGCAGCAACACGAGAGUGGUGCUUUCCUUCACUGUCUUUCCACUUGUGCAAUGCUCUCCCUAGAGAGCAGGGGCGGAUUUAGGUUUGAUGAGGCCCUAAGCUGCUGAAGGUAAUGGGGCCCUUUAUAUUGCCAGCUGUCCUUUGUCAACAACUAAUUGUUGCUGUUUUUUGUGUUGAAUAUAUGCUAUAUAGUAAUUUAUGGACCUAAUAGGUAUCUAAAGCCAUUUGCACAGAACAAAUAGGAGCCUACACAACACAAAACACUGUUGCUGUAUGUAGGUUUUAUUUUAUUUGUUUUUUAUCUUAUACAGUAUUUUGGAAAUGUACACCCAGUUAUUUUUUCCUUUAAUUUUUUUGGGGCCCCCCAAUCUUCUCUAAACAUAUGUUCUCUUAUUCUAUAUGUUAGGUCUGUAAGCUAUGCAUAUUCUGUGAGCUUAAGUUGCCAUUCUUCUUUAGCUGGGACCUCGCUCGUUUUCCACAAGUGUCCUGAUUUUAUAGGGACAGUACUGGACUCACAGAAGCCAUCCCAGGGUUUUAUUUGAUCCCAGAAUAUCCCGGUUUCCCUUUUUCCUCCCCUCCAUCUCUUGGAGAACAAUUAAAAGUGGUGUGUGUGGAUAGGUGCAAAAACAGAGUCCUGUUUAUACUGAAAAUAAAAUACCUGCACAAAAAGAAUUUUACAAGGUGGGUGAGCGGGUUCCCCUGUUUCUCUGCACUUAAAAAAGUGUAGUUUCGUGGCUUACCAACAUCACCAUGUUUUCCUUGAGUACCCAUGCCAUCCACACUGUAGGACAUAAUUUCUGUAGACAUUCCAGGAUGUGUGAUGCAGCUGAAAAGCAAUUUAGACUCUCAGACUCUCUCAUUUUAGUGCGCAGAAAGUCACCCCCCCAAAAAAAUUUCAGGAAACUUUGCCCAUUCAUCCCAGAGUCAUUGGGGAUAUCUUUGCCUCCCCCACAAAUUGCCAAACGACAACAAACUCUACUGAAAAUUGCAGCGCAGGACUAAUAACUGCAAGUUCAUUAAUCUGUUGUUAAUUCAAUUCUUUAGUAGAGUUGAGCUCUGGCAACUGAACCAACUACGAAACCAAAAACUGGCCGGAUUCAGCUAAAUAGUUAUGCUAGCAGGAGUCAAUGCAAUGAGUCCUGCUGUCCCCACACUUCCCCCAAAAUUGGCUCUGAGGAAGGGGGUCAGGAGAACCACUAGAACAGUUUGGGACGGGUGUGUGUGUGUGUGUGUGUGUGUAAGAUUGUUCCAUUGGCCACUCAAGGCUUGCAGUCAUGGAACGAACAUGGUAGCCCAAUGUUUAAAUUCCAUCUUAUAUUUUGUACUUUCUCUUUUAGAAACGUACAGCUUGUAUAUUAGAGAGAAGCUCUUGAGAGCAAGAAUUCUCCAGGAUGUCGUACCGAAAAGAACUAGAGAAAUACCGAGAUCUGGAUGAAGAUCAGAUCCUUGGAGCACUGACAGAAGAAGAGAUCAAGAUGUUAGAGGAUGAACUGGUGGACCUAGACCCUGAUGUAAGUGAUUUUAAAGGACAGGUCAUGUGAUACUUCUUGAAUUGUGUGAAAACAUCUAUGUCGGGCACACUAAGCAAUAAAAUAUAAAUAAAUAGGGGACCCUUCUGCUACUCUUUGCAGUAGUAAACCAUCUUUGGAUCUGCUUGGGCUUUCCUUCGCCCUCUUUCCCUCCCGACUCUCCUUGGACGUGAGCCAGGUUUGAUACACAGUCUAUUUUGGAAUCUUACACCUUCGCUGUCUGCUUAAUUUGAAGCAGACUGUUGCCUGCAAACGUCGGCACCGCACUCUGUUUGGUGGUGUCAGAAAUACUAGAAUUGCCCCCUUGGUUCAGAUCAUAGAGUCAUAGAAUCUUGUUUAGAUUUUUCCUUGGCAGUCACUCCUGAUUAAAAAGAUGCUGCUUUAAUUCCUUUUGAUGAUCUGCUGUUGCUGCUGGGAAACUGAGACAUGGUUUAAAUGUUACGUGAACGAGCCUUGGCCUCCCCUUUCCCUCUUCCCCUCCAGGACACCUCCAAGGAGAAGAUUGGAAGUACAGUACAGUCGUACCUUGGCUGUUGAACAGAAUCCGUUCCAGAAGUCCUUUCGACAUCCAAAACUGUUCAACAACCAAGGCGUGGCUUCUGAUUGGCUGCAUGAGCCGCUUCGGACGUUUGGCUUCCAAAAAACUUUCGCAAACCGGAAAACUCACUUCCGGGUUUGCUGCGUUCAGGAGCCAAAACAGACGAGUACCAAAGCAUUCAACAACCAAGGUACGGCUGUAGUUUGUUCUGUGAUGCUUCCCCAAUGUGACUCCGUCAUUGCCGUCUGGAGAGGCACAGCACAAAAAAAAAUCUGAAAUGUUUGUGCUAUAAAAAAAGUUGUAAGAUUUAAGCAGGAAGCUUCAGGGCAAAGUUGCAUGUCGACUCCGAAACAUUUGGAGGUGCAGACAGUAUUGAAAGGGGGAUUGCAUAUAAUUGGCACAAUGCCAUUGUUGGCACAAAACAUCAGAAAUGCACAAGAAAAAGCACAUCUGGAGGGGCUCUAAGGUUCUUUUGUAUUGUGCUAAACCAGGGGUCAGCAGACUUUUUCAGCAGGGGGCCGGUCCACUGUCCCUCAGACCUUGUAGGGGGCUGGACUGUAUUUUGAAGGGAAAAAAUGAAUGAAUUUCUAUGCCCCACAAAUAACCCAGAGAUGCAUUUUAAAUAAAAGGACACAUUCUAUUCAUGUAAAAACACCAGGCAGGCCCCACAAAUAACCCAGAGAUGCAUUUUAAAUAAAAGGACACAUUCCACUCAUAUAAAAACAGGCUGAUUCCCAGACCGUCCGUGGGCCAGAUUUAGAAGGCGAUUGGGCCGGAUCCAGCCCCCGGGCCUUAGUUUGCCUACCCAUGUGCUAAACUCUCUCUUAAACUUAAACUCCCUUUCAUACUGAGCUGCAAAGGUGUGCUGUUUUCCUUGGGUAGGGGGAAGCUGUUGCUACUUUUGCGUGUUUCCACUCGCCUUCUUCCCCACGUACAGUAAGAAUAUUUGCCAAUAUGUAAAUACCACAAAAAUGGCUAUUGUCUGCAUGCUGUUUUCGCCGUGCAAAGAAGCUAGAUUUGUGAAGAGGAACUAGCGGUUUUUGUGCCAGAGACAGCCAUUUCUCCGGUAGGUUUGAAAUGUAGACGUCCUACAUUUGUGAUGGGAUAACCCAAAAUUAUACACAGUGGGUGGAAUUCAGCAUUCCAUCAGUGCAAGCGUUUUGGCUUGUGAGAUGGAAUGAUCCCCCUCCCCACACUUUUCAGAGAGUUCUUGCACCCACCCCCAAGCCAGUGUUUGGGGGACCAGACAGAAUGAGAGGGGGGACAGAGCCCCAUUGCAGAAGCCCUUCUACAGUGGUGCCCCGCAAGACGAAAAACUCGCUAGACGAAAGGGUUUUGCGUUUUUUGAGUCAUUCCGCAAGACGAAUUUCUCUAUGGGCUUGCUUUGCAAGACGAAACGUCUUGCGAGUUCUUGCGAGUUUGUUUCCUUUUUCUUAAAGCCGCUAAGCCGUUAAUAGCCGCUAAGCCAUUAAUAGCCGCUAAGCCGCUAAUAGCCGCUAAGCCGCUAAUAGCCGUGCUUCGCAAGAUGAAAAAACCGCAAGACGAAGAGACUCACGGAACGGAUUAAUUUCGUCUUGCGAGGCACCACUGUAUAGGGCUUCUGCUGAGAGCAGGAGCGCCAGCUAUAGGGGGCAGAAGGGGCUUCAGCUCCCUCAAUAUCUGUAGGCAGCCGGCUGAACUCCAAUAUUGAGGGCCUCCCAAACAGAUCAGCCUUCCACCUGCAAACAUGUCAGGAGCUCAGCCUACACUCGAGUAGGACCCUGGCAGAGACACAUGCCCGACUGGCAUGUUCUCCCCCUCCUGGUCGAUCGUUCGGGAGCUUCAAAAGCUUUCUUCUGCCCGAACAUCACAGCGACCGAUGCCAACAGACAUCGGCACACUUAGGGAUCUGCAGAGUCUUCGCAGUUUCGUAACAGACCUCAGCAACUCAGCAUUUUGGCUAAUCUACUUUAUUUACAUAUAAACACACACGGAGCACUGCAACAUGGCUCCCUCUCUCUCUAGCAUCAGACAGCAAAGAGAAAAAGAACAAAGGACAAUAGUCCCACUUCACGGAACACUGUGACACAAACACCCUGUCUCCGUCACUUCCAACUCUGUGGAGUCAAAACAUAUACUGUCAUGUGAUAGACAAAAAUCCCAUUACUGCAAUCAUGGAGCAGGAAUUCUAACGAAACACGCCCUCCCCGUUGGCGUGCCGGGCAGGGGCAGGAUGCGUGAAGGAUCAUCUUCCACGCUUCCCAUUCCCCGCCACCGACCCCCAGAUUGCGCAUUAUGUGCAUAUGACGUCACGCGAUGCCAGGCCCCUUCAAUGUGGGGGGGCAAGUGGGCGCCCCUGGCUGACAGGACCGAUUAAUUGAAUCCCAGCCAGAGAGGGGAAUGAAUUGUGGAUUUGUUUUAUUUUUCAAGCUACUUCUCUUUUUUUAAAAUAAUAAAUCUAUUGUUUUAAAAUACAAUCAUACAGCAAAGGUAAGUAUAACAAAGUUAAGCACAAAGUAAAAAGAAAAAAGAAAAAAGUUUCGUCACAUCAAAAAAGGCAAAGAAGGGUUUGAAAGUAAUGAGAAAAAAGAGAAACGGCAAUAAAAAGAACCAAAUGUUUAUACAACAUCAUGUCUUAUCCAAUAAAGUUUUCUGUUCUCAAUGCAAUGUAGCUAGAAGUCAUGUGAGGACUAGGCUCCUUCAGGGAUAUUCCAGGAGCCUUCCCUCAGUGUGAGAUUUUAGAAGUCUUCCCCUUAGAGAUCUAAGGGGGAGUGUGUUGGUGACUUGCCAACCACUUGCUUCCUAGCAAGUAAACCUGCCACCAGCUCCCCCUGUUCCAGUCAGCAGGUACAAAGAGGUGCAUUUGCCACGCAGACAUUUAUUCCAGUUCCUCUGUACUGAGAGGUCAGAAGAGUGGCAACAGAUUUACUCACAGAUAUUUAUUUUUAUGUUUUUGGGAGGCACAGUGUGAUGAGCUUUCCUGUGGCUCCCUGGCUGAAACUGCCUGGCAUUCAUGAUGGGAGAUGCAAAACCAGUAAAGAUGGGGGGAAAUGGAAUGAUAUAUUCUGGAAAAGGGUCGUGGCUGGCUGUUUGGAACCCUGGAGAGGAUCACUCCAUGCUGCGACAUUUUGUUGCAGAUUCCGUUUACCUCUUUAAAAAGAACUUACCUGGUCACCUUCCCUACACACUGUGGAUACAGUCAGAUGGGCACAGUCAGUGUGCGGUGUUUCAGUGGUAUCUUAUAUUUAAGAAUAUGGGCUGAUAAGUGAUGGUGAUGGUGUGUUUUCCCUCCCCUUCUCCGAAAUCUAGAAUGCAUUAUUGCCUGCAGGAAUGAGACAGAGAGAUCAAACGAAGAAAACACCCACUGGCCCCUUUAAAAGAGAUGACCUACUCGCCCAUCUGGAGAAGCAGGCAAAUGAGAUUAAAGACCGAGAAGAUCUGGUUCCUUUUACAGGGGAGAAAAGAGGUAUGAGACAGUCAAGUAACUAUGCCCGGGUGUUUCUCAAGUUUGGGGUAUGUGUUCUCUGGAUUUUCAGUUAGCCCCACUGAAUGAAUCGAGGUGAUGUUGAAGGUUAAGUCUCCUGUUUCAUAUACCAUUCAUUUCAUAUAUUUUUUAAAUAAUAUUUAUUAUUUUUCCAAAAACUUAAACACUAAAAAAAAAAACCCAAUACAAUAUAGCACAUCAAAUUAACAAAACAAGACAAAGACAAUAAAAUAAAUCAAACAAUUUCAUUAUCCCAUCUUUCAUUCACUUGUUUCCACGACCUCCUCACACCUCCCUUUUUGUAUUCCACUUCUGUUAAUUAUUUCAGCAAUUCCUUUCCAUCUUCCUCUGUUUUCUAUCCUAUAAUUAUCUUAACUCAUUCUAACCUUAUUUUUUCCUUUAAUGCUCUAUUAACCUAUCUGUACUUAAUUCCUUAUAAUAUUUCUACUAAAGCCAUAUAACUUCAUUUCAACAUUUUUCUAACAUUCAUUAAUUUUAUAAUAUUUCUGUAAAUAGUCUUUAAACUUUUUCCAAUCUUCUUCCACCGACUCCUCUCCCUGGUCUCGGAUUCUGCCAGUCAUUUCCGCCAGUUCCAUGUAGUCCAUCAACUUCAUCUGCCAUUCUUCCCGGGUGGGCACAUAUACCAUUCAUUUCAGUAAUGGUUGCUCAGACCAACUUCCCACUGACUUGGCCUGGUUCGCACAUCCCAUUAAACCAUAGUUCUUAAAGCAAACUAUGGUUUAAUGUGAGCGUGCAGCCUGUUGGGGCACACUGCUCAAAAGUUCUCACAGCGCUCCUCCCCUGCUUCUGCCAUGCUGUGGACAAAAGAUAGCAGAUUGCAGCAUGCCUUGUUAUCCAGAUGUUGGCUUCUGGUUUCUUUCCACCCAAUAAACCUCAAGUGCUAAGCCAAGGACAAACCUUGGUUGCCACUAACGGCUCAACAAGCCAGACUCUUGACUUGCUCACAUCCUGCUCACUCACAUUAAAUCGUAAGUGUGUUUGAGGCCACUGUGUCAUGAGAGAUGCAUGUAGAUUGGGUUUAGGAAUGCAGAAAAUUCAUAACCCGUCUCCAAGAUUAUAUCCACUAGCAGCCAAAAUUGCGGAAACCUUUUGGUAUUAUUUUAUUGUUGUUUUUUUUAAAAAAAUGAUAUUUAUUAAGGUUUCAAAAGAAGGAUACAUAGAUAAGAAAGAGAAAAAUAGAAAAAAGAAAAAUACAAAAUACAAAAAAAAAACAAUUAAAAACAAUUCCAUCUUUUCAUCACUUCUCUUUCAUUUACUUGUUUCUCGGACCUCCUCAUACCUCCCUUUUUUGUAUUCCAGUUCAAUUUAUUAGUCCAGCAAUUCCUUUCCCUCCUUUUUAAUCCUGAUCUUUAAUCUUAAUAUAUUAUAUUGUUAGGUUUUUACGUAUUGAAAAUCCAAUUUUUCCAUAUUCUUUUAUACCAUUACAGCUAGAAACCACUUAACUUCAAUCCAACAUCAUUCUAACAUUCAUUAAUUUUACAAUAUUUCUGUAAGUAGUCUUUAAAUUUCUUCCAAUCUUCUUCCACCGACUCUUCUCCCUGGUCUCGGAUUCCACCAGUCAUUUCCACCAAUUCCAUGUAGUCCAUCGCCAAUUCCAUGUAGUCCAUUGGUAUUAUUUUAUUGUUGUUAGCCGCCCUGAGCCCGGAUUCGGCUGGGGAGGGCGGGAUAUAAAUUAUUAUUAUUAUUAUUGGGGAAAAUGUAUUUCCAAGGUUUGAUGGCUCAUAACACUCUUUCUUUUUGGAGUAAUACCAUAGAAUUAUAUAUCAAUGGGAAGAUAAUUUGAUGGAGAAUGUAAUGCAACAAAGUUUGUUCAAUUAUUUGAAUUCUAUCAAAGGUUAUAGCCAAAUAACCAGAAAAAGGAAGCACAACUUGCUUAGGUUGAUAUGCAGUAGAUUUCCUUCAUUUGAAUGUAGCCAGUGCUUUUUUUCUGGGGGGUACACAGGGGUACGCAUACCCCUAAACUUUUUGUGACUCUAAGUUUGGCCUCAUUGAGGGGCAGUAUUUCAGUAUGAGGGGCAGUAUUUCAGUAUGUCCUGCCAACCUAGCAGUUCGAAAGCACGUCAAAAUGCAAAUAGAUAAAUAGGUACCACUCCGGCGGGAAGGUAAACGGCGUUUCCGUGCGUUGCUCUGGUUCGCCAGAAGCGGCUUUGUCAUGCUGGCCACAUGACCCGGAAGCUGUACGCCGGCUCCCUCAGCCAAUAAAGCGAGAUGAGUGCAGCAACCCCAGAGUCAGUCACGACUGGACCUAAUGGUCAGGGUUCCCUUUACCUUUACCUUAUUUCAAUAUGGGUAGGAAAAUGAGAGUACCUCUAAACAUUUUUUUAGAAAAAAAGCACUGAAUGCUUUCUUUUGCUUGCACUCGGUGAGAGAAAGAAAGCCAUGAGGCAGAGGGCUGAUUUAGAUGUUGUGGUCUCCAUGUGGAGACUGUCAAAAGCCCUUCCCUACGGGGUUGGUCUGUGUGGGGCGAGUUGCCUUUCAGAGAGCCUUGCCCUGUUUGGCACAUCACUGGCAACACCACCGCUGGCCUUUCCGCUUCACAAACAAUUGGCCAAUCACUUGCUGCAGAUCGCUGCUGCUAGGAAGGGAUUACACAGAGGCUAUAAAAUGUACAUGGUCCCACAGUAGUCGGAGUCAUGGGGAUGCGGGUGGCGCUGUGGUCUAAACUACUGAACCUCUUGGGCUUGCCGAUCAGAAGGUUGGCAGUUCGAAUCCCUGUGACGGGGUCAUCUCCCGUUGCUCUGUCCCAGCUCCUGCCAACCUAGCAGUUCGAAAGCAUGCCAGUGCAAGUAGAUAAAUAAGUACCACUGUGGCGGGAAGGUAUACGGUGUUUCCGUGUGCUCUGGUUUCUGUCACGUUGCGCCAGAAGUGGUUUGGUCACGCUGGCCACAUGACCCGGAAAUCUGUCUGUGGACAAACGCCAGCUCCUUCGGCCUGAAAGCGAGAUGAGCACCACACCCCAUAGUUGCCUUUGACUGGACUUAACCAUCCAGGGGUCCUUUACCUUUUUUUUUCUUUAAUCGGAGUCCCUUCUCCUGUGAAAAGGCAGCAUCCCAUAAAUGUUGAGUAGCUAGGAUAAGCUGAAUUACACAUCCAUGUUACGGCUGAGUCCAGGGAAGGCACAGCUGCCUUCACGCAAGGGCAUCUUCUUGGCCAUUGUGGUAAAUGGGAUGGUGGAGAAGAUCGAAUUAAUUAAAUUGAUCAAUUUAAUUAGACAUGCAUGGUAGCAAAAUUCCAUAUUUCAAGCUUCCCUGAACUCUGGACUAGGUGGGCUUUUGUUUUGAUUCAGAAAGGCAACUCUUCCUUUACAGUGGUACCUCGGGUUAAGAACUUAAUUCGUUCCGGAGGUCCGUUCUUAACCUGAAACUGUUCUUAACAUGAGGUACCACUUUAGCUAAUGGGGCCUCCCACUGCUGCCGCGCAAUUUCUGUUCUCAUCCUGAAGCAAAGUUCUUAACCUGAGGUACUAUUUCUGGGUUAGCGGAGUCUGUAACCUGAUGUGUCUGUAACCUGAAGUGUCUAACCCGAAGUACCACUGUAUUUUUAAACAAACACACACUGUUUGUCCCAUCAGCACUUUUAUUUUGGAAUAUAAAGUGACACACAUUGAACAUUACUGUAAACCUAGCAUACAGUGGUGCAUCGCAAGACGAAAUUAAUUCGUUCUGCGAGUUUUUUCGUCUUGCGAAUUUUUCGUCUUGCGAAGCACGGUUUCCCAAAGUCUUCAAAAUCACCAAAGUCUUCAAAAACCUCAAAAAAGGCUACCACACCGCGUGCUAUGAGUUGCUCCUCGAAGUCACCCUGGGUAUUAACGGUUUUAAGAAAAAGGAAACAAACUUGCAAGACGUUUUCGUUUUUCGUCUUGUGAAGCAAGCCCAUAGGGAAAUUCGUCUUGCGAAGCAACUCAAAAAACGAAAAACUCUUUCGUCUUGCGAGUUUUUCGUCUUGCGAGGCAUUCGUCUUGCGAGGUACCACUGUACUUUUCUCAAUUUUAAACUCGCUCCAUAAUCCCUCCUCCCCUCCUUCAUUUCCCUUUGGAAGCCCAGCCAGCCUGUCACCUGCCAUUUCGGAGCACUAAACCCAGGUAAAUGAUGGAAACAACAGGAAUACACAUAUCAAAAUAAAAGGGGGGGGGACACUCUGAACAACACAAAACCACAAAAACAGUCUUUGGAAAUUUUCUUAGCAAUAUAUCUAUGAUCAAUAAGAGACCAGGGAGUGGAGUGAUUAUACUGGUGGCAUUUCCCCCCCAAGUUACAUUUUAAGUCAAAAUUCCUAUUUGAUGUUCUCUGGUGUUUGUGAGCAUUCAGAUCUUUGCCUCUGUAAAAGUCCACCCUUUCUCUUCUUCAGUAUAGUGGUACCUCAGGUUAAGUACUUAAUUCGUUCCGUAGGUCCGUUCUUAACCUGAAACUGUUCUUAACCUGAAGCACCACUUUAGCUAAUGGGGCCUCCCGCUGCCACCGCGUGAUUUCUGUUCUCAUCCUGAAGCAAAGUUCUUAACCCGAGGUACUAUUCCUGGGUUAGCAGAGUCUGUAACCUGAAGCGUAUGUAACCUGAGGUACCGCUGUAUAUGCUUUUAAAAAUCUAAAGUGACUAGAGUGGGCAGUACCAUAAAGGAUUUCAAAAUUUAUUUUUUCUUGAUCUCGAGAGGGAACCAGGGAGCAGUUGGUUCUUUUGUGAGGCCUAAAUUUAGCCACGCUCAACCUUCGAGCGGCUUUCGGGAUAGCGUGGUCUUUGUUCUCCUCUCCAUUCUGCGUCGCAGGGGCAGCAAGGACAAAAAUAGCCCCAGUGUCACAUUCCAUGCCUGGAGCAAUGAGUAUGCUAUCUCAUUUACAGGCGUCUCCCAGAUUGUUUUCUUUAAAAGUGCCUCUCUUUUUUUUCUUUCUUAAAGCUGCCCGUGUUUUCACUAUUUCAGUUUUGGUGUGAAUCUUUCAAAAUCCAGCUUUUAUAGAACAUUUAUUGAACUUCUCCCCCCCCCUUUUAUUGGAAAAAAACUAAACAGGUAUUAAAAAUAGAUAAACUUUUCCCCUCUAACCAAAACCACCUUGUAAUCUAUGUAUUUUUCCUUACAAUAUACCGUAUUUUUCGCUCUAUAAGACGUACCAGACCACAAGACGCACCUAGUUUUUGGAGGCGGAAAACAAGAAAAAAAAAUAUUCUGAAUCCCAGAAGCCAGAACAGCAAGAGGGAUUGCUGCGCAGUGAAAGCAGCAAUCCCUCUUGCUGUUCUGGCUUCUGAGAUAGCUGCGCAGCCUGCAUUCACUCCCUAAGACGCACACACAUUUCCCCUUACUUUUUAGGAGGGAAAAAGUGAGUCUUAUAGAGCAAAAAAUAUGGUAGUGGUUGAUUGUUCUAUACUAUUUUCAACCCUUUGUCCCUGCUCCUGUGUGUGUGUGUGUGUGUGUGUGUGUUUACUUUGAAGAUUUUGCUGAAAGGACAUCUGUAGGAGGUUACUGGUUGCACCCAGAGCUGAUGAUGCUCAUUUGACAUAAGUAGGAAACCGAGCCUUCGGUAUAAUUGGCCCCCUCUUGUGGAAUGCUCUUCCGAUAGAGAUUAAGCAGGCGCCUUCUGUACGAACUUUCAAACAUUUGCUGAAAACUAUUCUGUGCUGCCAGGCUUAUGCAGACAAUUAAGAAAAACAUUCUUUGUAAAAGUCAGCUGCUGACGUUUAAAUUUUUUAAUAAUUGGUUUGUCAUUUUCAAAAUCAUAUUGUUGUUCAUUUAAAAAAAAACAAAAUUGCAGUGUACAAUUAUUUUUUAUAAAUAAAAUAGAAAUACAAGAUUACAUAUCUCCUAUCUAGCUGAUAUCAGAGUGCCAUCGUUACUACUAAAAGCCCUACUAAACAGUACAGUGGUACCUCGGUUUUUGAACACCUCUGUUGACGAACUUGAAUGCCAUAAACCCAAAAGUAAAUGCUUCCAUUUUUGAACACGCCUCAGAAGUCAAACGGCUUCCGCUGAGUGUAUAUGUUAUCUUUCUCAAUUUUCUCUAUUAAAUUUGCAGACUGCCCUUUGCGCCUCGGUUUUCGAACAUUUCAGAACUCAAAUGGUCUUCCGGAACGGAUUAUGUUCAAAAACUGAUGUACCACUGUAUUGGCUAACCCACUUUCUUUAACAUUAAAUUAGUUAUCAAACAUCUCUUUCUUUCUUUUUUUCCAAAUGACUUAAUUGGGAUUUAGUUGUCCCCAGUUUCAGAUACUUUUUACAAGUGUAGGAGGUUUAAAGUUUUGAAAGUGAGGCAAGAAAUGCCAUGGGCGGUUAACAUGAUAAGCAAAAAUAAGAUCAUUUUGGUGCAAGGUAAGGAUAUACAUAGCAAGAGUAAUAAAAAGAAAUUGUUAUUUAGGGGAUUUGAAUUUAAUUCUAAAUUAUAUACCGGAAACAUGGGAGAUUACAAGGGGUCAAAAAAAAAUGGAUGUACCGUGCCAUAUUAGAAGCAAAAAAACUUGUUUUGAUGAAUUGGAAGAGCCGCAAAAAGAUCCCAUUGAGCACAUGGAUUGACGAUAUGGGCAGACUAGUUACAUACAAACGAAUUGCAUAUCGACGCAAAUUAAAAUGGAUAAAUAUGAAGAAAUCUGGAAGGAAUACUUAAGCGAUAAGGCGGAAAGUGUUGGGAAGUAGGGGGAGGAGAGGUGGGGAAAUAUUGUUAAAAAGGUGUAGUUAUAGGUAUCUCAGUACUCAAAUCUGAAUUGUUAAAUUGUAUUAUUAGUGUUACUGUGGUUUUUGUUGUACAGUGGUACCUCAGGUUACAUACGCUUCAGGUUACAUAUGCUUCAGGUUACAGACUCCGCUAACCCAGAAACAGUACCUCAGGUUAAGAACUUUGCUUCAGCAUGACAGAAAUCGUGCUCCGGCGGCACAGUGGCAGCGGGAGGCCCCAUUAGCUAAAGUGGUGCUUCAGGUUAAGAACAGUUUCAGGUUAAGAACAAACCUCCAGAACGAAUUAAGUACUUAACCCGAGGUACCACUGUAUGUGUUUUUUGUGGUUGCUGUUUGUAUUGAAAAAAAUGAUUAAAUAAUUUUUUAAAAAAAACAUAAUAAGCAAAACGGGAACAGUAUAAAAGCAGGGUUCUGGAGUUUGAGUGAAGAUCAGACGAAACACAAAGUGUCCCUCGCUUGUGGGGUGAGCAGGGAGAGAAAGGCUGAGCGAUGUGCCCACCUCAUUUGGCCGAUGAAGGCAGUUGGGCGGUAGUGCCAGUACCUAUCCAGUCUGCCAUCACACAACCAAGCCCCCUUAACUAGCCUGCCUUGCGCCCCAUAAGCUAGCCUGCUGUCUGGUGGAAGACUCUGUUGCCAGUUUUGAAGUACGAUUCAGCUGUCAGCCCAAUCAGGCUCCGUACACAAAAUGGUGAGGGAGCGCCGUCCUGUCCGUUGCCUCAGGCACCAAAAUGUCUUGAGACAUCCCUGGGGGAUGAGCCUGGCUCCUUCUCAGCUUUGCAACUGAAACAAGAGAUGUGCAUACCAGCAAAUCCAAUGCUGGCACAGCUGACAGACUUUGCCUCCUUGCGGCGUUGAGUACCUUUAUUUUUUAAAGCACCGCAUAAAGUUCGUGAGUUUGUUCACCGUACAGAUUUUUCAGUGCAAAACUGCUCAGAAGGUAAGAGAGGUUCCUUAAUGCCGUCACGACCGACUUUUCCGCUUCAGUCUUGAGGAAAGGUAUUUUCGGAGAAUGGGACUGAAUGCAAGGAGGGUGUUUCCAGAAUAGACCUGCUGCUCUGAAAAUCGGUAAAAGGUAAAGGACCCCUGGAUGGUUAAGUCCAGUCAAAGGCGACUAUGGGGUUGCGGCGCUCAUCUCGCUUUCAGGCCAAGGGAUCCGGUGUUUGUCCACAGACAGCUUUCCGGGUCAUGUGGCCAGCAUGACUAAACCGCUUCUGGUGCAACGGGACACGGUGAUGGAAGUCAGAGCGCACAGAAACACCAUUUACCUUCCCGCCACAGCGAUACCUAUUUAUCUACUUGCACUGGUGUGCUUUCAAAGUGCUUGGUUGGCAGGAGCUGGGACAGAGCAACGGGUGCUCACCCUGUCAUGGGGAUUCUAACCGCCGACCUUCUGAUCAGCAAGUGGCUUAGACCACAGCGCCCUCUGAAAAUACUGCACUGCUUGCUACCCUUUGCUAUCCACUGAUUAUAUAUCCUGUCGUUUUAUGUACUUUUGCUUAAUCAAAACAUACUUGCAUCCCUGUCAGUAGGAUCAAAUUUGAACCUUUGGGUUGGAACACAGUAGUUGUUGUUCCUGGUGCUACAUAUUCUGUUUACUAGGGGUUUGUGGCAAGGAAACUUAAAUCCCUGUUGUUAAAGCAAUUGCUACGAGGCUGAUGGCCCUUUUUGUAUUUACAGGGAAAAUUUGGGUCCCCAAGCAGAAGGCUAUAGAUCCUGUUUUGGAAAGCGUAACUCUGGAGCCAGAACUGGAGGAAGCACUAGCAAACGCCUCAGAUGCUGAGCUCUGUGAUAUCGCUGGUAAGACACGAGACUGCCUACAUUUGGCUUCCUUUGUAAUUAUCCUUAUCGGUUUGGUCAGUCUGUAUGUGCUUUUUUAUCCUCCAGUUUUCAGGUUUUUUGGGGGGACUGUUCUAUAAGUUUGCAGCAGAAGCUGCCUCUAGACAGCACUGAACAGCUAAUUCAUGCGAUCUCACAGGUUAUCUCUUCCCACCCACAGAGCAAUUUUGAACCUGUUUUUUAAAUACAAGGUGUGACCAGAAAGGUUGGUGAUUGGUCACAGAAAUCAGACAGCGAGAAAUAUUCGAACAUACAUACUUUACAGGCCUUCAAAUUAGGCCCCCUCUGAUACAAUGCACCAUUGACAAUGUACAUAGAAACGUUGGUAAUUCCUGGAGAAGUCCUUUUUCGUACUGCUUCCAGUUCCCUCAUUACAGCACCUUGGACGUGUGAAAUGUUGGAAAAUCUAUGCCCUUUCAGUGCAGAUUUCAGUUUUGGAAAAAGAAAGAAAUCCAGUAGGGCCAGAUUGGGAGAAUAUGGAGGGUGGGACAACUCAGUAACCUCAGCAGCAAUUUCACGUGGAAUAUGCAAUUCUUCCGCCAUCCAGAUGGACAAACGCCGAUCCCACAUCAAUAACUCACGAACUCUGUCGUCAUUUGCUGCUGUUCUGCUCGUCAACGGUCUGCCAGAUUGAGGGUCAUCUUCAAUGGUUUGCCCCCCUUCACAGAAACACUUAAACUACUCAUACACUGUCUUUAAAGUUACAGCUUCAUCUCUGUACACAACUGUGAGAAUUUUGUGGGUUUCUGAUGCCGAUUGUAUGUUUGAAUAUUUCUUGCUGUCCAAUUUAUGUGAUCAUUUAUCGAACUUUCUGUUCACACCUUGUACAUCAGUAUUUUUUGGAAAUAUUUUUUUUAAGUGCUCUACUUGGAGUGUUAAGGCUAGCGUUUAAUUGAGAAGUCUGUCGUGCAGAUAGCAAGGUGAGAGACCACGUAGUGCAGGUGAAGAACCCUCUGUGACAUCUUUAAAUACUUCUACCGUCUUCAUCCGUACCUCUGCGCUGCUCCUCCGUGUGUUUCUGCCACAAAGUCACAGCCAGUCUUGGAUUCCCUGAUCACGGCUCAAUACAUGUGGGUGGUGCAGCUGACGCGGAAAAUGAUCUUCGUACAGGUUGCUCCCCGUGGCCUACACAGAUGUGCUUUCUUUCUGUGUGUAGAAACUCAGCCCCAAAUUUUCCUUCCGCAAGAGAAAGUGAUGGCCUCUAACUUGGAUGGCUUUAAGAGAGAAUUAGACAAAUCCACAAAGAACAAGGCUAUGUUCUGCCUCCACUGUCAGAGGCAAUAUACCUCUGCAUCCCAGUUUCUGGGAAUCACAAGCUCUCAGGUCCUUCUUCCAGGGUUUCUCUACGCAUCUGGUUGACCCCGUGAGAACAGGAUGCUAGAUUAGAUCGGCCUUUGAUCUGCUCAAACAGAGCUUUCCUCAGUGCCGGAUUUACGUAUAAGCUAAACAACCUAUAGCUUAGGGCCCCACUCUCUUGGGGGCCCCCCAAAAAUGUAAAGGGAACAAAAAAAACUGGAUGUACAUUUCCAAAAUAUAAGAUAAAAAACAAAUAAAACCUACAUACAGCAACAGUGUUUUGUGUUGUGUAGGCUCCUAUGAUGUAAGUAAUGGGCCCCGCCUAAUAGCCUGCUCCCUAAAAUAUCACUGGUUUGCUUGUUUCUAUAUCAAUUACUUUGAUUACAUACAGUCAUACCUCGGGAAGAAUACGCUUCGGGUUAGGCAAAUUCGGGUUGCGCUCCGCGGCGACCUGGAAGUAACGGAGCGUGUUACUUCCGGGUUUCACCGUGCGCGCAUGCGCAGACCAUCAAAAUGACGUCAUGCGCAGAAGUGCCAAAACAUGACACGCACAGAUGCGUGGACACGGGUUACGUUUGCUUCGGGAUGCGAAUGGGGCUCCGGAACGGAUCCCGUUCGGAUCCCAAGGUAGCACUGUAUUUUGUUUUGUGCAAAUGGCUUUAGAUACCUAUUAGGUCCAUAAAUUACCAUAUAGCAUAUAUUCAACACACAAAAAACAGCGACAAUUUGUUGUUGACAAAGGACAGGUGGGCAUAUAAAGGGCCCCAUUAUCUUCAGUAGCUUAGGUCCUCAUCAGACCUAAAUCCGGCCCUGGCUUUCCUUAUAUUCUUACUUUCCUGCAUUGCAAUGUCACAGCGUUCUGCACUUUCAUCUCCUCCUGCCCACCCUCCAGCAGCAGCCGCUGAUGUGGUGCAGGGAACCAUAGUGCUCUGUGAUGUGACAAUACGGGUGAGUGAUGCUUCCUUUUGCCAUCGAGGAGAGAGAAGGUUACCAUGCAGCUGCUAUUUUCAGCGUUGCGUCCAGUUUUGUCAGGGGUUGGACUCAAGAGGAGGAGGAUUGGUGGAGAUCACACACGCCCUUCUCCUGACACUUCAGGAGGAGUACAGGAACGCAGCAUUGGUUUACAGCAGGGGUUUGAGGAGUUUGAGGGAAGUCACAGCUCAGAGACAGGCGAACAGAAAAGUUGGGAAGUGUUAGAAGAAGGGGGGGAGACUGGGGCAGGGCAGCCAGCUGACACUUUGUCACUGGAGAGUAUUUCUGAUUCCCCUUCCCCCAGAACUUGGCGUUUGGAAACAACAGAAUCAGAGACAUUUGACCCGGGUGGCCACCGUACGGGAAAAGGAUGCUGCUAGGAAGGAGGGAGGUGGAGCCCAGUUUGGAGCAACACCAUUGUUAAGGCUUGUUGCGUUCUUUUGUCUCUCGCUAUUAGGUAAAGGUAAAGGGACCCCUGACCAUUAGGUCCAGUCGUGACCGACUCUGGGGUUGCGGUGCUCAUCUCGCUUUAUUGGCCGAGGGAGCCGGCGUACAGCUUCCGGGUCAUGUGGCCAGCAUGACUAAGCUGCUUCUGGCAAACCAGAGCAGCACACGGAAACGCCGUUUACCUUCCCACUGGAGCAGUCCCUAUUUAUCUACUUGCACUUUGACGUGCUUUCGAACUGCUAAGUUGGCAGGAGCAGGGACCGAGCAACGGGAGCUCACCCCGUCACGGGGAUUCGAACCGCCGACCUUCCGAUCAGCAAGUCCUAGGCUCUGUGGUUUAGACCACAGCGCCACCCACGUCUCUCGCUAUUAGAAUGGAAUAAAACUCAUUAAAAAGGACUCUACCUUGUUUCCUCUGUUCUUGCUGCAGCCGGGGGAGGAAUAGCUUUCCCGAAACCUUGACAAGUUUGGCCCUAAGCUGAGGCUCUAAUGCAGUCUACCCUCUAACCCCGUUUGCCCUCCAGAUGUUGAUGGACUACAACACCCAGUUUCUCUGACCCAUUGGCCUUCCUAGCUGGAGCUCAUGGGAACUGGAGCCCAGCAGUACCUGAAAAGCACUUGCCUAGCACAGACUGUCUUGGCUUAUUUCCCAAGAGUUCGUAUUAACACCCGACUCGCUCGUUUUGACUAAAAUCCUCUUUCCCCCUCCGUUCAUCUCAUAUUCAUGCUCAUUUACUGAAUCCAACCCGUUCCUUCCUCCUUAAACUGUGUCUUGUUUCUUCCAGCCUGCUGUCUGUUCCUUCCCAUAUUCCCAUGACAUCAUCCAUCUCACUAGAAGCCGCAGAGGGACUGUAAGAGAACUUUGCUGGUGGCCUCGUGGCCCUGCUUAGGAAUGCUUUGGUCCUGCUGCUCUGCCCUGCCGUCCAAAAUGGUUUUGCUGCUUGGUCAUUUUGUAUUUGCAAAAAGCUGCCUGUCCGCACUGUCAGUUAGGGCUACCACCAUAAUAAGCCAGGUUACCAUUUGCUUAGGUGCUUUCUUUAUUCGCAGACGCAGAUUGGCAAGCUACCGUAUUUUUUGCUCUAUAAGACUCACUUUUUCCCUCCUAAAAAGUAAGGGGACAUGUGUGUGUGUGUCUUAUGGAGCAAAUGCAGGCUGCGCAGCUAUCCCAGAAGCCAGAACAGCAAGAGGGAUUGCUGCUUUCACUGCACAGCGAUCCCUCUUGCAGUUCUGGCUUCUGAGAUUCAGGAUAUUUUUUUUCUUGCUUUCCUCCUCCAAAACCUAGGUGGGUCUUGUGGUCUGGUGCGUCUUAUAGAGCGAAAAAUACGGUAAUCAGCUGAAGCUUGCAAAGACUCAAGAGGUUCAGGGCGCCUUGUAAUAAUCCAGGCGUGUGUCCCUGUGGCCUGUUCUAACCUCCUCAGGAGCAGGCGCAGUCGGUGGACCAGCUUAAACUUGGCAAAGACACUCCUGUUGUCCCGUGACUGACACCCCAGCAAGCAGGAAUGGUGCAUUGUAAAAGCCCUGUGUAAUCAUCUGCUAAAAGGCAGUCCCACAUUUCUGCAAAUGUGUACACGAUCCAUUUGGGGGCAAAUAACGCUGACUUCCUCCUGCCUUUGAGUAGCAUAUAUAUCAUGGGUAAGAUUGUACAGUUGUGGGCUAAAGCCUGUCUUCCUUUCUUUUUAAUUUCUGUACUUGAAUAAUGAUGGCUGUGGGUAAGAAAAUGAGUUUGCCUGAACCUUACUAACUGGAUGUCUUACAAUAAAGUUUAACAUGAUAUUCAUUUCCAGCGCAUGUUUAUCUGGAAGUUAAGGCCAAGUGGGCUUAUUUCCCUAGGAAGCCUAUUUAGGAUUGUAUCCUUAGUCAGGCUUAUCAGAUGAGUUUAUUUAAAAUUAUUUCAGCCAUUUGAAACACUGCCCCAAUUGAGCAUAUUUUUUAAAAUGAAUGUUUAAAUAAAGAGAGAUGGUUGCAGGCCCUAUUUUUGAAGAGGCCUUUCCCUUUUUCUCCUAUACGGAAGCAAAGGCCUCUUCUAGGAGAUGCAACUAACUGACAUGUAAUACUCAUAGAAUGAAUCAGUUGAGAUCAGAUUGCAGACGUGGUAAAGAUAAAUUCUAAGCUGCUCUCAGGUUUAAGGCUACACAGGAUGUUGCAUGUUGCCAGGUCAUUUGCCCGAGGAGAGAUCCAGCUGUUACUGAUUGUAUUUCUGUCUGCUGUUGAGUGCAUGUCAUAGAGUGAAUUACAUGGACAAACUCUGAAAUCAAGCCAAGUCCAAGUCUUCUUUGUUCUGACAGCAACAGGAAAACUUCACACAUAUUUUUUUCCAGGCCUUUGCAAGUUCUAUAGGUGGAACACAUCCCAGACAAACUAGAGUCAAAGGGUCGCUACUCUAACAGUAAUUGGUUGCAGUGUGCAUGCAACCCACUUGGCAGACUAGUCAUUUAUGACAUUUUGCCAAAUGGUGAGGAUAAUUUUGCUCCUUCCUUUGCUGCUUCCACCAGAUUUCCCUUUGAUUUCUGAACCAUUGCAGUAAAACUCUCCUUAACACUUGGCAGGAUCGACUGUUCACCGAGUAGCAACUUGCUGAUUUGUGUAUAACACUUAAGGUUUAGUGCAACUCGCACAAGCUGGAAUGAGCCCAAGCAAAGCCACAGGCUCACAGCGCCUUCUGCAUGACUGGGGAAAAGACUAAUGCAGAGUUUAGUUUCACUUUCCAUGAAUCCUGGUUUAGCCCUACGUAAAACAAAACUGGAUAAACAAAUAGGAUAAACAUAACUGACCAGAGUUUUGUUUUAAAUCACAAUUUCUGGCUUGUAUGUAGGGAUAAACCAGGAUUCAUGGAAAGAGGAGUAAAACUCUACAGAAACCAUUUGUGCAAGAGGGGGAAGCAAUCAAGCCUAAGGCUUUGCUUGUACAGUCGUACCUUGGAAGUCGAACGGAAUCCGUUCUGGAAGUCCGUUUGACUUCCAAAAUGUUUGGAAACAAAAAUACAGCUUCUGAUUGGCUGCAGGAAGCUCCUGCAGCCAAUUGGAAGCCCCAUCAGACAUUCGGCUUCCAAAAAUAGUUCGCACACCGGAACACACACUUCCGGGUUUGCGGCAUUUGGGAGCUGAAACAUUCAAGAACUAAACUGUUCGAAAACCAAGGCACGACUGUACUCGUCCCAGCUCAUGCAUGUAACACUAAACCACAGCUUAGCAUUACAGGCAAACCAGUAAGUUGCUGCAUGGUAAAAGACCAUCUGUGGUCAAACAAAGUGACUAUUGAGAAACAUGGAAUGGUAUCCUCUCACAAUUUUUAUGUAAAUUGUGUUGAGUCCCACCCAGCGCAUUGGAUCUUCUUGCAUUGUCCUCCGAGUCCACCCAAAAUGUGAACAACAUAAUCGACUUGAGUUCUGCUGUUUCGUGCUUUUCCCCCUUGCCUUCUAUGUAUCUUGGCCAGAUUCUCACUUUCCCAAGAAAGGAGUUUAGUUAUUUUGCUUAACUUGUUUUGUUUUAUUUCUCUCCUCUCUCAUGUAGCUAUUCUUGGCAUGCAUACGCUGAUGAGUAACCAACAAUAUUACGAAGCACUUGGAAGCACGACUAUAGUCAACAAGGAAGGUUUGGAUAGUAAGUAAGAUUUGCAGCCACAUGACAUAUUCUGGACACCUGAGCCAAUAGGUAUAAUGUUACCGGUACUUGUUGAAUGAAUGCAUAUGCUUGAGGUGAAUCAUCACCAAUGUAUUUUCUUGGCUUUGUCCUUGUUCUUCUCCGUGGUAUUCUAGGAGGAUUCGUUGUCUAGUCUUCCACUUCUAGGCUUUUUUUAUGAGAGAGCAAAUUCCUUUCUGGGAGGCCCAGGGAUCAUCAGGUCUGCUGGCUGGGAAGGACUUGUUGUCACAAGUGUGGGGACCUUUAGGCCCUCCAGAUGUUGUGGAACUACAACUCCCAUCAGCCCCAGUGAGUAUGUGAAUGGUUGGGGAUAAUGGGAGUUGUAGCUCAUCAAAAUCUGGUGGGCCAAAGUUUCCCCUCACCUGCCCUUUUGGCAGGUCUACCACUGAGUAAACAUUCUCCUCUUUCCAUUCAGGGAAGACCAAUUUUUUGAGGAGGUUUAGAUUUUUUCUUUCUUUCUUUGCUGCUUAGUUCCAUUUAUCUUCUAAGCGGUAUAAAGGUGGCCCCACCAUUCACCUGUAUUGGGGGGUAUGGGACCCAGCUGGAAUUCGAAUCAGGGUGAAAAUGCACAUGAAGAGGUACUGAGGUAAAGGUAAAGGGACCCCUAACCAUUAGGUCCACUCGUGACCGACUCUGGGGUUGCGGCGCUCAUCUCGCUUUACUGGCCGAGGGAGCUGGGUCAUGUGGCCAGCAGGACUAAGCCACUUCUGGCAAACCAGAGCAGCGCAGGGAAACGCCGUUUACCUUCCUGCCAGAGUGGUACCUAUUUAUCUACUUGCACUUUGACGUGCUUUCGAACUGCUAGGUUGGCAGGAGCAGGGACCGAGCAACGGGAGCUCACCCCGUUGCGGGGAUUCGAACCGCCGACCUUCUGACCAGCAAGUCCUAGGCUCUGUGGUUUAACCCACAGCGCCACCCGCGUCCCUAAGAGGUACUGAAGGAGGUACUAAAUAUGGGUUGAGACUAGUGCUGCAGUGUAACGUAGGGCAGAGGUGGACCCAGCCGGCGGUCAGGAAUGGCAGAAAUUCUAGUAUAGGCAGCAGCAGUGGGAGCAGCGCAGGAUAGCUACCCCUGAUUUAGGGGGAAAGUUGAAAGCUUUUCAGAAAUACCUGCUUGUGCAUAACCAAAGACAGAAUCAAAAAACAUUUCCCCCCAACCGCACUUAGUUUGCUUUCGUGCUCAUUUAGUGAGGCUUGUUGUGAGCACAUUACACUGUUUGGUUAUGUGCUAAAACUAUCCCGUGCCAUUUCUAUGUAGAUCCAAUAUCAGAGAAUCAGAUCUCCUCUUUUAUUCCCCAAAUGAAAUGAAAGCUGGCAAAAGUAGUAUGGUUACCAUGAAUCAGAAGCUGCAGGGCUCAAAUCUGGAGCCCUGAGAGAUGAGCACUAGCUUCUUUCUCCCACUAGGGGAACUGGUCAGAGGAAGAGACAUUGUAGGCCUUUUCUUUGUUUAUUUGUUAUCCUUGUCACACUACCCCUUCCCAUGCAGGCAUAAUCAAGCCCACACAAUAUAAACCAGUUCCUGAUGAGCCCAAUGCAACCGACGUAGAAGAAACCUUGCAAAGAGUGAAAAACAACGACCCGGACCUUGAAGAAGUUAAUCUCAAUAAUAUUAAGGUAUGAAUUCGUUCCAUUCAUCAAAUAGUGGAAUGUAUGUCAGCUGUGCAAGAGCAUUGUGGUAAAGGUAAAAAGGUAAAGGACCCCUGGACGGUUAAGUCCAGUCAAAGGCAACUAUGGGGUUGCGGCGCUCAUAUCGUUUUCAGGCCGAGGGACUGGUGUUUGUCCACAGACAGCUUUCCAGGUCAUGUGGCCAGCAUGACUAAACCGCUUCUGGCGCAAUGGGACACCGUGAUGGAAACCAGAGCGUAUGGAAACGCUGUUUACCUUCCCGCCGCAGCAGUACCUAUUUAUCUAAUUGCACUGGCGUGCUUUUGAACUGCUAGGUUGGCAGGAACUGGGACAGAGCAAUGGGAGCUCGCUCCGUCGCAGGGAUUUGAACUGGCGACCUUCUGAUCGGCAAGCCCAAGAGGCUCAGUGGUUUAGACCACAGUGCCACCCGCAAGAGCAUUACAGUGAAGCCUGCACUGGAGAAAUACCUACAGAUCAUUUCACUGGCGUAGGCCUGGUCUACACAUACAGUAGAAUGGACUGAUCACUUUUUUAAUGUUGUGUUUUCCUCAGUGUGUGUAGUUAUGAUGCCCCCCCAACAAAACAGAACACACUGCCAUUGACUGCAUGUUUCUCUUUUGAAGGACAUUCCCAUACCAACUUUAAAAGCCUAUGCUGACGCUCUGAAGAACAACUCGUACGUGAAAAAGUUCAGCAUAGUAGGAACAAGGAGCAAUGACCCUGUCGCUUAUGUAAGUAUUAGGCAGAUUACUUUCAGCUAAUCUUCUCAGGGAAGUGUUUAAUGGGACUGUCUCCUUUAAAGACGGCCUGCUGGAUGAAGAUGUGUCAACAUGCAAGUCCUGUGUCAAAGAUCUUUCAUAAACUGGAAAUAAGGUUAUGGCAGCAAAUUGAGUUAAGCACAAGGCCCUGGGCUUUUUGGGUCUGCAGUCAUUUUUCAAUAUAUGAUUUUUCAUCUCAGAAACUGUCCCAGGCACCACAGAAUACCUGUUUCACUGGCCUGACAAGCUAUUGCUUUGGUCUGAUACAACAGCAGGAAUCUUAAGUUCUUACAACAAUAAAAUAAGCUUUCUAGUUAUUGAUGAUGAUCUUAUUACUUCUUUUGUUUAUUAUUAUUUAUGGAAGGCAUUGGCAGAAAUGCUAAAAGUCAACGGUGUAUUGAAGAGCUUAAAUGUGGAAUCAAAUUUCAUUUCUGGAUCAGGAAUUCUGGCGCUUGCAGAAGCACUGCAGGACAACAGGACGCUAAUUGAGCUCAAAAUUGACAACCAGGUAACAUAAAAAUCCAUGUCCGUUCUGUUAUACAAGGAAGCACAAAAUAAAAAGUUCUGCUCAGAAGAGAAACAGAAAUUUUGCAUGGGGAGAAUUAAAUAAGUGACACAUAUUUUGUAGAUUGUAUGCACAGGUGAGGGAUGAGGCAAAUUCAUCCAGUGAAGACAGGCCUAAUGGCUGCAUUUGCACUUAAUGCUGAGCCAUGGUUUGUUUUAACCAUGGUUGGUUCAACAAACCAUGAACCAUCUCACAUCUCGGCAAAGAAACCAUGUUUUAUUUCUCCUAAGCUUGGUUUGCUUUUCAGAUGCUCUAGCUUCAUGCCUUUGAAGCGUCUGGGUUGUAUGACUGAGCAAACCAUGGUUAAGCAAGGUUUUUGGCUUCAAGUAUGACACCAAACCAUGGUUAGAACAAACCAUGGUUUGUUAGCAAACAAUAAACCAUGGCUUCAUAUUCUGGUUUGUUGGCAGGAAACAAACCAUGGUUAGUCUGGUAGGCUGGGUUCGAACAUGCCAUUGUUAGGCUAAAGAAUCACUUAGCAAUAAAUGUGAGCCACACCAAUGUAAAACGAGAGCCCAGCAUGACUCCGUCCAGCUUCCUCCCAGCUUUACAACUGAAAUGACUUGCAUGCAUUUCAUUCCAGUAACUGAAGCACUGGCUCAGCUGUCUGUUUUGUGCCUUUUCUCAUGCUUCACCAAAGCAGUUUACUUCUUGAAUUAUUACUGUUAUAAAGUGCAGCCUGAGAGCGUAGAUCCAUUCAGCCAGUUAAAUGUUUAUUAUUUGUAGCCAGUGGCUAAAUCUCAGAAAAUAAACAAGGCAAUCCAUGAGUGAGUCAAAACAUUUAUCAAUUUUCAGAACUGCAGAUCAUUAAAACUUAAAAUUCUGUAAUUCCACGAAUCGUUUAGAUUUUUUUUCAAAAACCCUUUUGACCGUCAACCUUGUUUUGGGUCAAAGCAAGUAGCUCAUGACUUUCUUGCAGCUAGUGGAUAUAAGGGGAAAAACAUCACUAUAUCAACCAGCAAUCACCUAAUUUUGAAGUCAUCUGGCUGACUUUCUAAAAAGAAUUUGCUAGGUGAAGUGUAUAAACGGCAAUACAGGAUAUACUUUAGCACACAUUGUCUUCUGUCUCUCCUGAACCACAAAGAUAGCAAUUGGUUGGCCUAUUAAGGAAAUUAUUCUUCAGGCAUAGUUUGAAAUCUGAGCUGGGCUUAAUUUCAGUAUGCUUGGGAUUCUCCAUAUAUUCAAAGUCCAUUUUGGCUGCAUCAGCAAAAAAAUUCUUCACUGACCUUCAGAAAUGGUCAGAAACAUCCCAUGAUGACAUUACGAGGGAAACUGGGCAAGUUGACACCAUUGUGCCCAGCCUUCUCUGUUCUGCAGGUCUAAAAAAAACCAGUUUUGCUCAGUGUUGUUCUGGUUUCAGUGAGAGGAUAGAAUCAUAGAACUGCAGAACUAACCUGUCUGCUAAAUGAAUAAAAGCUUCUAACAAGGUGCCUACACAUGAGUAUACUCACGCAGUGAAAGUGUGAUGGACUGUGACCUUUAAUAGAAGCAGACUGAGGCAGCCUGCCUCAGUUGGCAGAACCCAAGGGGUGGAAAAUAAUAAUAAUAAUAAUAAUAAUAAUAAUAAUAAUAAUAAUAAUAAUAAAUUUUAUUUAUAUCCCGCCCUCCCCAGCCGAAGCCGGGCUCAGGGCGGCUAACAACAAUAAAACAGUACAAAAGUACAGCACAAACAACUGUCUAAAAUCAUUCAUUAUAAAUUAAUUCAAAUCAAGCCACUGGCAACCAUUGGGCCAGAGCUCCGCGAAGAUUGCCGAGGGAGGGAGUCAGGCUGUGCCCUGGCCAAAGGCCUGGUGGAACAGCUCUGUCUUGCAGGCCCUGCGGAAAGAUGUCAAGUCCUGCAGGGCCCUAGUCUCUUGUGACAGAGUGUUCCACCAGAUUGGAGCCACAGCCGAAAAAGACCUGGCUCUAGUUGAGGCCAGCCUAACUUCUCUGUGGCCUGGGACCUUCAAGAUGUUUUUAUUUGACGACCGUAAGUUUCUCUGUGGGGCAUACCAGGAGAGGCGGUCCCGUAGGUACGAGGGUCCUAGGCUGUAUAGGGCUUUAAAGGUUAAAACCAGCACCUUAAACUUGAUCCUGUACUCCACCGGGAGCCAGUGCAGCUGGUAUAGCACCGGGUGAAUGUGAUCUCGCAGCGAAGACCUCGUAAGGAGUCUCGCUGCAGCAUUCUGCACCCGCUGGAGUUUCUGGGUCAGUCUCAAGGGCAGCCCCACGUAGAGCGAGUUACAAUAAUCCAGUCUGGAGGUGACCGUCGCAUGGAUCACAGUGGCUAGGUCAGGGCGAGAGAGGUAAGGAGCCAACUGCUUAGCUUGGCGGAGAUGGAAAAAUGCCGCCUUUGUUGUAGCUGCAAUCUGCGCCUCCAUGGAAAGGGAGGUGUCGAAGAUUACACCCAAACUCUUAACUGACGGUGCUGGCACUAAUUGCGCCCCCGCAAGAGAUGGGAGUUGCCCCCCCCAAUCCCAUAUCGUCCCGUCCCAGCCACAGGACCUCUGUCUUCGAAGGAUUUAGCUUCAACCGGCUCCCACGUAACCAUCCAGCCACAGCUUCCAAACAUCUGAUCAGUGUGUCUGGGGCCGAGUCAGGAUGGCCAUCCAUCAACAGAUAGAGUUGGGUGAAAAGCGGUUGCAGCAGCUUCCGGGUUCUGGCGAGACUCACAAGAGCCCCCUGAGAUUGCCAGAACCUGGAAGCCACACCCGCUGAACCCCUGUAAGCGAGGUGAGGGGCAGGGGGAGGCAUGUGUCUUGCAAAAAGCGGCCCCUUCCCAUUUUGCCUCAGGCAGAGAAAUGGGACUGGCCACCCCUGUGGAGCUGAAGUAAGAUCUAAAGUCAAGAUCGAGUGGACGGGGAAGUAAAAACUGAAUGGGUUCCUGUACUAACUCUUUUCCCUUUUCCUUUUUAAAAUAAAGAGCCAGCCCCUAGGCAACAAGGUAGAAAUGGAGAUUGCGAGCAUGUUAGAAAAGAACGAGUCUCUCUUGAAGUUUGGGUAUCAUUUCACUCAGCAAGGCCCCAGGCUUCGCGCAUCCAAUGCCAUGAUGAACAACAAUGACCUGGGUGAGUUGCUUUCUCCAAGUGAUGGGGCUCCCAUUUGUCUUAUUCUCUUGGGUCUGUAAAAGCAGUUGCGCCCAGAGGCGGCACGAAUUCCGGCCUCUGCCCCAGCCAAUGCAGCGCUGAUAUUUUGUCUCUUUAGCAAACAGAAGAAAUUGCUUUCCUCGUAUCUGUAGCAGUACUAAAACACAUACAGUGGUACCUCAGGUUAAGUACUUAAUUCGUUCCGGAGGUCCGUACUUAACCUGAAACGGUUCUUAACCUGAAGCACCACUUUAGCUAAUGGGGCCUCCAGCUGCUGCUGCGCUGCCGGAGCACAAUUUCUGUUCUCAUCCUGAAGCAAAGUUCUUAACCUGAAGCAAUAUUUCUGGGUUAGCGGAGUCUGUAACCUGAAGCGUAUGUAACCUGAAGCGUAUAUAACCCAAGGUACCACUGUAAUCCCAACACAAUAACAAUCAACAAGUGCUGAUCAAGAAUUAAUAAUCAACCCCUCAGAUACCGUUGAAUGCCUGGAAGUAAAGGAAUAUACCAAAGUCAACACUGGUGAGUCCACAACCAAAAUUACCAUCUCCCACAUCGCCAUCCUCCAAACUUCUCUGUGGGGGAGAGGGGAGAUCCAAAUUCUGUUUCGUGCCCUCAUUUCCCCUAGUUCCUGGUGCUUCAGUGCCAUUUUUCUAACACUUCCCCACCCCUUUCCUUGUACAUGGUUGAUCCCAGCCAAUUGGGGAACACAUAUCCUGAAUAAACUGACUCCCUUGAAGCACUGCUGAAUUAUUUUGAAAGAGGGAGGGGGAUGUUGCCAAAAGUAUUGAAAAACACACCCUAAACAUUUGGGUCAGCCCUAUUUGCAUAUAUCAAGCUGCCAUAUAUUGAGGCAGAACAUUGAUUCAUCUGCCCCAGCAUUGUCUACUUUGAGUGACAGCUGCUCUUCGGAUCGUCAAGCAGAAAUCUUCCUUGGUUCUCUGGGAUCCUUUAAUGGAAGAUGCCAGGAACUGAAUCUGUACCCGAAGCAUAUACACUUCAUAGCAGGGCGCACAAGCCCUCCAUAUCUCUGUUCUAUGAACAGUGGGAUGUCUUGAGGUCCUGAAGACUCACAUAGGGCCUCAGCAGUGAUUGUGGGUGAUCAAACCUUGUUAAGCAGCUGCUGUGCAAAAGUUAGCUUGUCUAUUGCAAUAUUUAUUUUAUAUUGUGCUUCAGGUAGAUGGUUACCAUUGGCUGAGUUGGUGCAAUUGCACAGAUUAGUCCAACUUCACGUGGGACAAAGUUGUUACUAAUCUAAGCUUUCUAGUCCAGUAUUUGUGGGAAGAGCAGUUGUCAGUUUGGCUGGGAACCGCUCAGAGUUUGCUUCCGUCAUGGCAGGAGCUGUGCAAAAGAUAUCUGACUCAGUUCUUAUUUGCAGCUCGUAUGCAUCGAUGUGAUGGCCUCUGGCAUAACACCUCAGCCCCGGAACUGGAAGAUGUAUAAGUAUAGAUUCUUCCCUCACCCACUUUCCUCUUGGCAAUCACUCUUUUUCGUUCGUGGGCUUCAACUCGCAGUGCCUUCCUGCGACUCCACUUGGUUUUUACUGUCUCUUUUCAGCUUCUGUCAUGGCUUUGCUAUGGAUAUGUUUUAUUCUUUAGAAAUACCUUCAUCUGCCCUGUUGCAGGGAGUGGGGUGUGGGGAGAGAGCCGCUCUUGCCUUCAUUGUAACAUGAAUGUGACCUGUUCUCUUUCAACUUUUUAUUCUUCCCGGUCUUAUUUAUCAGAAUGACUAAAAACUAACUCUUUUGGAAGCAAAUAUGUUUAAAAGGUAGAACAUCAACAAAGGGUAGCCUGUGAUUUCAAGGGGGGAGUGUUUUUAGAGUGUGUGCGUUUUUAGAGGGAUUCAUUCAUGAAAUGAGAGACGCUUAUAUAUUCCUCUUUUUAUAUAAAGAAGCAGUAAACGUUCAAAGGAUUGAAUAAAGGUGAAGGUAAAGGGACCCCUGACCAUUAGGUCCAGUCGUGGCCAACUCUGGGGUUGCGGCUCUCAUCUCGCUUUAUUGGCCGAGGGAGCAGGUGUACAGCUUCUGGGUCAUGUGGCCAGCAUGGCUAAGCCGCUUCUGGUGAACCAAAGCAGCGCACGGAAAGGCCGUUUACCUUCCCGCCAGAGUUGUACCUAUUUAUCUACUUGCACUUUGACGUGCUUUCGAACUGCUAGGUUGGCAGGAGCAGGGACCAAGCAAUGGGAGCUCACCCCGUCGCGGGGAUUCAAACAGCCGACCUUCUGAUCGGCAAGUCCUAGGCUCUGUGGUUUAACCCACAGCGCCACCCGCAUCCCUUACUGAAUAAAGGCAUGCCCAUACAAUUGAUUAAUGAAUAAAGGUAUGCCCAUACAAUUGCCGUUGGCACUCCCCACAGCAGGAUAAUGGGAAACAUGACCCCCGAAAUGGCAAGAAACUCCACACACACAAAUGUCACCACAGAUGAGUGUGCUUAUUUUAAGAGCAACCCAUCUCAGCCACUAAAAAGUGGCUGUAUGUUUGAUUCCCUUCUUUAGAGCAGUUCUAGAUUCAAUUGAGCCAACAUUUGCUGGGGACUGGAUUGCUGGUGAACAGAUUUAUGUUUUCAGGGGGCCUUGAGAGUGAUAGGAGGAGCCAUUACCGUCUACCGCUAGACUGGUGACAGGGAGUGACCGCCGAGAUCAUAUAACACCAGUCCUGAAAGACCUACAUUGGCUCCCAGUAUGUUUCUGGGCAUAAUUCAAAGUGUUCGUGCUGCCCUUUAAAGCCUUAAACAGCCUUGGCCCAGUAUACCUGAAGGAGCAUCUCCACCCCCAUCAUUGAGGUCCAGCUCCGAGGGUCUUCUGGCGGUUCCCUCACUGCAAGAAGUGAGGUUACAGGGAACCAGGCAGAGGGCCUUCUCGGUAGUGGCGCCUGCCCUUCCAUCAGAUGUCAAGGAAAUAAACAAAUGUCUGACUUUUAGAAGACAUGUGAAGACAGCCCUGUUUAGGGAAGCUUUUAAUGUCUGAUGUUUUAUAAAUUUAUUAGUAUCAUUAUUAUCAUCAUUAAUUCUGUUGGGAGCCACCCAAAGUGACUAGGGAAACCAAGCCAGAUGGGCAGGGUGAUAGUAGUAGUAGUAGUAGUAGUAAUGCAUUUUUCACCCUGCAAGCAUCCCUUUUCUAACAGCUUUGGGAGGUGCGUUUUUUAAAGGAAAUAAAAACAGGAAGGCCUGUUUGGCCAAUAACCAGAGCAAAACAGAGAAGAGGGGAGAGAAUGUGUGCCUGUACCAAAUAGCUUCACCAUACAGUUUUCAAACCUUGGAAAAUCAGUCUUCCUUACACAGCCUUAGAUAUACCAAAGCUAGCUCUUCAAGCCCAUUCACCUUAGAGCCAAUUCAGGCAGUACAGUUCUGCCCUGUUGCAAGCACGGAGUAGGUUAGAAAACCAAGUCCUGGAGGGUCAGGACUUGCAGCAGGUCCUGAAGACCCGACCUGAGAAUUCAUUCUUGUGCAGCACCGUCUAGCUCUGGCCAAAGUGUGGAUCUGCAGGGAGACUAGGCCAACCAGUAAGGAAGCCUCUCGACACUGGUCAUUGGCCAGAGCAGAUCAUUGCACCCGCCAAAAAAGUUUCCAGGUCAGGCUUGUUCACCAGAGAAGACUCUGUGGCUGUUCCUGAGAAAGGACUGCCUUCAUUAUUGUCAUUUGUUAUGUAUCAUCUGACAGUCCCCGACUCUUGUCGUGUCACACAAAACUGCUAACAGGUAUUCGCAGAGACCUGCUUUGACCCCUCUGCGAUAUACCUGUGACUGGUUCUUCCUUCAGAUGUCCCUCAACAGUGGAAACAAGCAGGCUUAGGCCUUAAUGCAACAAAAGAAACUCCUGCUGUCCCGUUACAUUUUCAGACCAACAUAUCUGUCUUCUGUUCCUUUUGCAUUCAGUAGUAGCACAUGGCUUAACUAGCAAGACUUCAUCUCAAAGACUCCCAAGGCCUGUUCCGUGUUGGACCUGAGACCCCAGCCCCUGGUCCUUUCACAGAAUAGAACAAUUUUCCAGGGUUUCUCAGCUGGGAGGCAAAACAGUUGAGGCAUAUCCUCACCAAAGACUACGCUGCCAUCUUCUCCACACUUAGCUGGGAACAACCGCCACCGAAGUUUAUUAUAGAGAUUCCUUCCGAGUAAACAUUUAUGGCAGGCACGUCCAACAGGUAGAUCGUGAUCUACUAGUAGAUCACUGGAUGUCUGUGGUAGAUCACCGGCUCCCCCCAAAGAAGCUGAACAGGGAUUUCCUCCCUUAAAAAAGCUGAACAACUUUGACCUGAACCGCCCAAAAUGGGGUUGUUUUUAACUCUAUGAGUAGAUCGCAGUCUCUUGGGAGUUGGCCACCCCUGAUUUAUGGGAUUGCACAGUGAUGUGGCUUUGCGGACAUUCCUUGGAACUGUAAUACAAGGGGCAGUGGUGGAGUAUCGAAUAGAAUUCCUCAAAUUAAGAUUCCUAGGAUUCUUGAGCGAUGGAGAAAGGCAGUCUCGAGCCAAUAUAAAUUUGUGGUGUAGAAAGGGCCUCGCAUGGAUGUCACUACGAAAUGGCCGUCUUGGUUUAGAUUGUUUCCAGAGGAGAUUAGCAGGCUUAUUACCACAGAUUUUACACACAAAACAUUCUUCUGUGUGAAAGAAGUAUUUGAGAAUUUAGAACAGGCUUCCUCAACAUUGGCCCUCCAGCUGUUUUUGGCCUACAACUCCCAUGAUCCCUAGCUAGGAGGACCAGUGGUCAGGGAUGAUGGGAAUUGUAGUCUCAAAACUUCUGGAGGGCCGAGGUUGAGGAAGCCUGAUUUAGAAUAUCUCUGGAAACGCCCUGCCCCCAAACCGGACAGGCACAUAGCAGCUCUUUUACCUCAACUGUAUUAUUUUUUUUCUUUUUUUUCAGUGAGGAAGAGGCGACUUGAGGACCUGAACGGGCCCAUUUUUCCCAAGUGCCGGACCGGAGUGUAGCUCUUGGCUGUGCCGAUGGCACUGGAUUGCAACGUCUCGUGCUUGCACUGGAUUGCAACGCUUUGGUGUGGAGCAAACAGUGCAGAGAAGUUGUGGUGCCUGCUUUUUCUUUCUUCUUCAUAUGACAUCCUUGCGCACUGAAGGUUUAAAUGAAAUAGUGAUUGUAGGCAAAGACCCGUAUUAUCAUUGUGUGGAGAAUGACAUCUUCUUGUUUGUUUGUUUGAGUAAUCCCAGUUUGAGCCUGUUUACAGUAAGGUGCUAAUUUUGGAUUCUGACAAAAUAACAUCAUAGCACAAAGAUGGCUUCAGCUGAUAGACCGUAGCUUAAUUUUGGUAUGGAAUUUUUGUGUGUGGUGUGAUAUGCAUGAGUAGUUCACAACAACAAAAGGAUGCAAUGCUACUCUGCAAAUGUAGCAGAAAGGUUAAAAAAAUACUUUUAUUUUUAUUUUGACAAUCUCCAAGAAUUAGAAAGAAGCUACUAGUUUGACAGCAUUUCUAUCAACCCAGUUUGCAUUGUUAUUUUUUUAAGGACUUGUGAAUUGCGGUCGCCUAAUAUCCACAGCCCUGCAUUGCAACCUAAGUUUAUAAAGCAUCUGUUAAUAAGUCUCUACACACCCACCCAACAGAAAGAAUGUAAGGCCACUCUUUUCCCCCCCUAAGCAAUAGUCACAAGAAGACAGCUGCCGACUGGGGUGUCGGUUGUUUCUCUCUUGCAGAAGAAUCCAAGACCUUAAAACAGUGAAUUUGCACAUGUUGUUCUCUUAAAAACGUCUUCUAAUAAGCACAAGGAAGUGUCUAGACUCUUUAUUCUCCUGAAUGGCUGCUUUGUUCAUUUGUCACACUUUUGUUUCAAGAACUGUCUUCACUAUUGUUGCCUUGGAUCAAAUGGGUCUUCUGCCAAAGGGUGCUGCCUGCCUGGGUGCAAAAUCUCCGUGGCGGUGUCACAAUAUGCCCCAUCAAAGAAUUCCCCAAAAAUCAAUAGGAAAGAGGGGCAGAGGUUGAUGCUGCCCUUAAAAGCUCAGGGCACUACCAGGCUCUGAGGAGCAGAGAUUGGCUCAGGGCCCUUUCAAACAUGGCACGGCACCCUCUGUGGAACUUAAUAAAAUGGAUGGCAGGUUCAUUGCAGCCCUGCCUGGUCCAUUGCAGCCAGCCUUGUAAUGUUCCACUGCUUGUAAAUUACCGUAUUUUUUGCUCUAUAAGACGCACCAGACCACAAGACGCACCUAGUUUUUGGAGGAGGAAAACAAGAAAAAAAAUAUUCUGAAUCUCAGAAGCCAGAACUGCAAGAGGGAUC